AUGGCGUUUUGGGGCGGAAAACCCGGCGCUCGAGGCGGCCAGCAGAGCAUCCGCUCCCUCGUGCGCCGCGUGUAUGACUUCCUGGACACGAGCGACCCGCGGCCCGUCGCGCCGUUCGGCCACGGCGACCCCUCGGCGUUCGCGUGCUUUUGCACGGCGGCCGCGGCCACGGAAGCCGUCGUCGCCGCCGUUCUGUCGGGCAAGCACAGCCGCUACUCCCCUGCCGCCGGCGUGGCCGACGCGCGCAGCGCCGUCGCAGCGUACCUGUCCCGCGAGCUCCCCUACGAGCUGGCCGCAGGCGACGUCGUGCUCACAGCCGGCUGCAACCACGCCAUCGAGAUCAUGAUGGCCGUGCUGGCCUCGCCUGGCGCCAACGUGCUGCUGCCGCGGCCGGGGUACCCAACGUACGAGGCGCGCGCGGCCUUGUGCGGCCUCGAGUUCCGGCACUUCGAUCUUGUGCCGGAGAAGGGGUGGGAGGUCGACCUCGACGGAGUAGAGGCUGUCGCCGACGAGAGGACCGUCGCCAUGGUCAUCGUUAAUCCCAAUAACCCCUGUGGGAGCGUCUACUCGUAUGACCACUUGGCCAAGAUUGCAGAGACCGCAAGGAAGCUCCGAGUCAUGGUAAUCAGUGACGAAGUAUACGGCCAUUGCGUCUUUGGUAGCAAGCCGUUCGUGCCCAUGGGUGUGUUUGGGGAGACAGCUCCAGUGGUGACCUUGGGAGGCAUCUCCAAGCGGUGGAUGGUGCCUGAUUGGCGACUUGGCUGGAUCGCGGCAUCCGAUCCAAAGGGAGUCCUCAGGGACAAGAAGGUUAUUCAGUCGAUAAUAAGUUACUGUGGCAUCUCGGUAGACCCCGUAACAUUUGUUCAGGGAGCUAUACCCCAAAUCAUCGCCAAAACGGAUGAAGCAUUCUUCGAGAACGCCAUGAACGUGAUGAGAGAGGCUGCGGAGAUAUGCUACCAGAAACUCAACGACAUCGACUGCAUCACCUGCCCUCACAAACCAGAGGGGUCCAUGGUCGUCAUGGUGAAGCUGGACCUGUGCUGCUUAGAUGGCAUCGACGAUGAUGUCGACUUCUGCACCAAGGUUGCCCGAGAGGAAUCCGUGGUCAUUUGCCCUGGGAGUGGACUGGGAAUGAAGGAUUGGCUCCGUAUUACGUUUGCCGUUGAUCGACCCCUUCUCGAGGAUGGUCUGGAGAGGGUCAAGUCUUUCUGCAACAGGCAUGGCAAAGCUAAGGAGGUGAAGUAA